CAGUCGAAAUGGAAACAAAAGCAAUGUGCACACAAAAGAGACGGAAAGCUUUCGCUGCGUUGCGCCGAACGAAUGGCUCCUGAGCGAAUGAGCAAGUGGUGGUUGUGGUGUACACAGAAUAUUCAGUUAACUUUGUGAAUUAAACGUGAAAGCGACGUAAAAAGUUGCUGCGAAGUUAAUAUACAUUUAAAAUAUUAAUAUAAAAAAGUUAAAGAAUAGGAACACAUUAUCUUUAACUAUAUUUCGGAAAAGUUAGUUUAAAUUUCGGAAGGGUGAAAACAAAAGAGUACAUUUCUGCAGUGAAGUUGAUUAAAACCUCUCCAUAUUUCAAUGCAAUUCAUCCGAAAGAGAUUUACAUUUCGUUGGUAUUCUAAAAUCAAUGCCACUCAGAGUCACAAACCGCCAGACCUUUUGUAACCAUUCAAUGAAAGCGAGAUAUUACGCAUUACUGGAUUUAGCACGCAGGAAGUUGUAGUAGAAACUACGAGUGAAUACACAUAGCUACAUAUUUGAAGCAAAAUCGAAAAACUCGAAGCACUUGCGAAGGUCCUACAAAUGCUUUCAAAGGAUCCACACAUUAAACGAAAAAGAGGUUGCUGAAAAAUUUUAAGUCACUCCGAAAAGCAACAUCAGCCGAUGCAAUAAAAACUGAUACAAAACAACGUAGGCAUCAAACAAUAACAAAAUUAAAAUAAAAAGCAAAACGGAUUAAAAACAAACAACAAAGCGAGACUCGCCACUCGUGUCGGCCACUGCUCGCUCCGGCGUAGUAAUUCCGAGCUUUAGCUAUCGUGCAGCCGCAGUCGCAUCGCUUUAGUUUGCAAACUAUGUAACGUAACACUCGUCUUCUACUUGCAACCAACUUACGCUCAGCAGAGGCACAAGCUACAGUGCCAUUGUCUACACCAUCGACCUCAACUUAGCUCAGUCGUUAUCAACAUCGCAGUCGCGUCAGUUGUUUUUUUAGUUUGGCAAACCUGUACGACUCAAACAAUUGCGUUUUGUCGGCUUCGCAGACUUAUGCUCGUCGAAGAUUUACACAUCAAUGAAGUAAUUUCGUGCAUUUGCUGAAAACGAAAAAAGUCACUCAUACGACACGGUGUCUCAGUUACUUUGCCGGUGUACGCUUACACAGUUUCUGUAAAUAAAAUGAUACAACACUGUUUUUGUAAUUGUGAAUAAGCAUAAAAUACAUGCACUUAAAUUAGUGAAACUUGUUUUCAGCGAACUGAAAGUGAAACUCGGGAAAGGAAAUAAUUCAAAAACCUCCCUAAAGUAAAAAAUAUGUAAAAACAGCAAUAAAGUCAAAAAUAUGGGUCACAUAUGCAAGCAAAUUACGCACAAAGAAAACUAAUAUAGUUUAUUGGCACUUCUGUGAAUAAUAAAAGAAAACCAGCAGCACAAAAGCACUACAAUACAACCAGUAAAUCUUUAGCAACAGGAUAACAAAGAACCUAUCAACCACCGCUUAUAAAUUAUUUAAGUUGUCAUUUGCACGAGACAAAAUAGUAAAACUGAUCUAAAAUAUGCUAAAUAAAACUUGGUAGCUUUGAAGAUGGCGGCUAUAAUAAGACAAUCCAACAAAUGAAACUCAUUUCUGUCCAAGCAAUGCAAUAAAUGUGAAAAGCUCACACAAAAGCAAAAUAUUAACCGUUUAUACAUACAUACAUACUUUCUCGUACAUACAAACUUUUCAAAGACUUCACACGCUCAGCGAAAACUUAUCAAAGCUUGUAUUACGAAACGAAAAAGAUCUGGAUAAUUUUUCAUAAGAUAUACUAGAAAUACGCAGCAUUACUGAGGAACAAAAUGUCGAAUUUACUCUACAUGGAUGAAACGAAUUGCAAUGGCAUCUACGCAUCCAAAGUCAAUAGUACGGCAGCACCACUAACAACAACAACAUCAAACAACAAUAACAUAACUAACUGCAACGAAAGCAGCAACAAUAUUAAGCAUUCAACCAACAAUAUUAUGAGCGCUACUAACAACAGCAACAACAAUAGCAACGUUAACAGCAAUAGCAGCAGUAACAUCAUAAAUAACGCUAGCACAAAUAAUAUCAACAACAUCAACAUCAUGAAUAUAGCUGCCUCGACUGUGGCAAUGACAGCCACGGUAGCCAACGCCAACGUCAACGCUGCCGGCACCAGCACCGGCCUCACGUCAGCCACACUACCCACAUCCGUCUCCAACGAGGAUCUAAGUCAGAGUCUAUCCGAGUACACGGAUGCAGAUGAAAGCAUAUCAGCGCCGACCGAGUUUCUGGCUGAGUUUCUCUCAGCGGUGAUGCUUAAAGAUUACAAAAAAGCCUUGAAAUACUGCAAACUGAUUUUACAAUACGAGCCAAACAACGCAACAGCCAAAGAAUUUUACCCGCUUAUAAUCGAAAAGUUACGAGACGCAGCGGCCAGCGACAGUGAUGAGAAUUACAAUAAAUCGUCUUCACCCGAGCCAGUUUUAGAAUUGCAAUCCUCGGAUCCAUCAGCAGGUGAAAGUGAUGAGGCGGCUUUUGAAGACCAACCGAUCGGUAUUAUUGAUAAUGGCAUUGAUGAGUAUGGAUUGGAAGAGGACAAUUGCCACUCUUUAGAUGCUUCAAAUAGCCACGAACUGAAUGUGAGUAGUGAAAGCGGCAGUAGUGAUUCCGCGGCUGGUAGUUUAAGUGAAUCGAUGGAUGACGAUGUCGAAGGAGAAGAAGUCGAUGACGAGGAUAUUGAUGGAAUUGAUGACGAUGAUGUUGAGGAUGAAGAUGAAGACGACGACGAUGAUGACGAAGUGGAAGAUGUCAUUAGCAGCAGCGGUGAUGACUUGCCAAUCGAUGAUCCGAAUUCGAUUGAGGCUGCAGCGGGUACCGGCAACAAUUCACUUUCGUCGCGUAAUUCAUCUAGUGGCUGUGGCGGUAGCGGACGCAGUCGAAGCGACAACACAACGCACUCAUACUCCAGUUUACUGCUGGAAGAGGAGGACGAUAUAGUGCCGAUUAAUUUGAAAUUUACCAAAGAGCUGUCAUCGCCCGAUUUGGAUGUCAGCAAUGGCAACAAAUUACCAUCAACAUCAUGUAGCGACUCGGAAUCACCAACGGAACCGCUAACACAACGGCUCGUCGCCAUUUUGCGCUCAAAGUGUGGUGUGUCCAGCGCUGGUGACAACUAUUGAAGGCAGUGAAAGCGAAACACAAACAAAACGCAUUUGCAAACUGCAUAGUUAUCAGGAAAAUACAAACAAAAUCUAGAGUUGAAUAUACAUAUGUAUAUAUGUACUUCACUCACUUGUAUCUAUUUAAGCGUUAUAUAAUAUAUGUACUUGUAGUUUAAUAUAUGUAUAUAUUCAUCUAUUUAUUUAUUUACUGGAAUACAAGAUAACUAAAAUCAUAUACAACAUGUCAAUACAGCCAUCUAUCUUUGAAAAAAUGUGCGAGUGUGUGUGUAUUUAAAAUUGAGCAAACAUGUAUUAUAUGUAUGCAGUGUAUAAGUAUGUACUUAACAACUGAAAAGUUGAUUUUCUUGAUUAUCAGCUAAUAUUUAUCAAUCAUAACCACUGGCGUUUUCCAUUAAAACUUGCCAAUCACUCUCAAAUUCACUCAAAGAUUGAGCUUUGAGAAAUUGUUUAAGAAUAAUGCUCAAAAAAGCGUAAAAUAUUAAAAGAAAACCAUAUAAGAUGAUCUAGUCACACUCAAAAUACGUAUACUUUUCUAUAUACAUGCAUAUAUAAACAAUAUUUGAUAAACUUUAUAUAAAUAUAUUUACUUAGAUACUACUAUUAUUAAAAACCGCUAUUAGAUUUUGAAACUCUUUUCGUUGAGAGAUCUGAGAUCUGAAAACAUCGGUAAACCAGUUGGUUCACCUUAAAGCUCGAAUUUUUGUACAAAAAUUAUUAAAAUCGUAAAUUUUAACGAAAAAAGUUUCAAAAUUUCUCAGCCAACACUCUUUAUCAGUGACCUAUAAAUUUAUAUACUCUUUUGCAUAAUAGUCUAGUAACUAGUAAAAAAUACCUAGUGCAGAGAACUGACUCAUAUUAUUGUAUAAAUAAGAGUUUAGAUCACAAGAAAGGUGGACUUCUAAAGGAUUUUAUAUGCAUGCUUUAGAUUUAGGUUGUAUACUAGCGAAUUUGAUAAAUUAAUACAUUAAAUAUUUAUUUAGUCUAUGUACACAUAUAUAUUAUUAAAAGUACAUAAUAGGCAAAAUAUUGUCGCAUAAAAAUAUAUUCAAUAUUCACUUAGAUUUAGACGAAUAUGUUGAAUUUCAUUUUGAAAAAUCGUUCACCGAAACAAAAGACGAAAUCCGAAAUAUCAAACAAAGGAACUCUUAUAGAAGAGCUAUCUUGUUAACACUAAGAUGGCUAUUUAGGGAGAACCACUCAUCCAGUUUUACUUCAAGGAAGGUUUAAAAAUCCCAACAGAAACAGAAAACAGAAAAGAAAAUUAAAAAAAAAAAUCCUGAAAAAUCUGUAAACAUUCAAAUAACAUUCAUAUGAGCUAAAGUAAAGUCCACUAUAUGAAUGGGGCUAUAUGAAAUAAAAAUUGUAUGAAAUUUGACGGACCUUAGUACUUAAAAAAGGAGAAGGUGAAAACAAUUUUGCGCAGUUUUUAUUGAUAUUUGAAAAAAGUGUAAUGUAUUAUCUCAUUUCCGGGCUAAAAGAUCGGCCAAGGAAGAGUAUGGUUUGUAAUAGUGUAUUUUUAAUAACGUAAUAGCUUAAGAAUUCUUCAUUUUUUCAGUGAGCAUACUGGUUUUCAUGUCUCAAGAAAGAGUCACUAAAACAAAAUGAUGUUUUUAAUGCGUGAUUUUAUUAAAUAUAAUUUUUUUGAAUGUUUGAAGUAAUGCUCGAAGUAGUUAUAGUAUGUUGCAACUUAUUUUAAAUGUUUAAGUAAAAAAAAAAGUUAAGUUGUAAUAACCGGUUUGGGAAAAUAUUUUUUUAGAAAUGUAGCCACCUGUUGAAAACUUUUUGUUCAAUAAACUGAACGGAAUAAUUCAAUGUUUAUAAGAUGAUCUUCAAUGUAUAGAUCUCAUAAUUAAUACAAAAUGUAUUGAAACUAAAUUAGACAGAAGUAGAAGUAAUAGAACAUUUUUUCGAAAUACUUCCUGAAAGUGAAUGUCGGCAACAUCAAUUUUAAGGUUCACUUUUUUCACAAAUUUUUUAAUUAUACAUUAGUUAUAGAUCCAGUCAAACAUUGCUGUAGCUAUGGUAUACAUUAUGGUAUACAUAAUGGUACUAUUAUAAUAAACUAUUCAAUACAGUGAAAGUAUUAUUUACGAAUAAAGUCGAAAACGUUAUUGCCGAUAAAAGAAUACAAGGGAUUGUAAUUAAGGUUUAAUUUUGAAAAAGUUUGAUACAAAUAUUUGUCAAUGAAAAAAAUUAUUUUUAAAAAUUUGAACGGAAAAUUGCUAGCAAGCCAAAAGCGACGAAACUUAUUUAUAGACAUAGCGAAAGCCAAACAAAUGGUAAAUGUAGCCUUCUAAAGACUGGUCUGCUGCAACAGGACCAUUUCUCCAUCAGAAUUUUCAGGCAAAAUGGGUGCUUCAAAAAUAUUUCCGGUCAUCUUUUUUUUAAGCAAACAUUAAUUCCACCAAGACCAGUUUAGCAGUUUACCCCGGACAAAAAGUGGCACAUAAUUUUUAUAUAUAUGGAUAUAUAUAACUGUCGAUGCAUACCAAGAAGUUCGUUCACCGAAGUUUAACAAAAUUAAACCAUUUAAAAAUACGUAGAAUAUGUGAUUGGUUAGACGAUAGGCAAGUACUAUAUUUGUAUUGAUUAGAAGGUACUAAACGAACAUAUCGUACAAAGAAAAGUAUAUAAUUUUGCUAAAUUAAUUAGAAUGACAGUUUACAAAUCGAAAAUCUAUUUCAUAAGCAUUAAAUCACAAACUGAACUACCAUAUACUACAUACUUGAUUAUAUCUAAUAAAUAGUUAAUAAUCAUAAUCAUAAAUGAGUAAAUAAUAGAACUGAUGGUACUUAUAUAUUAUCAUAAACAUUAAAAUGAACACUUGAAAUUAUCACAAACAUUCAACAAUUAAUUCAUAUUUAUGUAUGUUGUCUUACAAAUAUUUUUUUUUGCAAUACAUAAUAAGUAUAUAAUAUAAUAUAUAUGAAUCCACAAUAUAAUUUUUGAAAAUACCUAUUAUCACCACUUAAAUACCUAUUUAAAAUUCGAGUAUACAUAACUGGUUUAAAAUUGCAAAUGUUUCAAAAACAUUAUUGAAUUGGAAAGAAAGAGGAAAACACAAACACUCGUAAAAGUAAGCUAACAUUAUAAAGACUUCAUUAUUAGAGAGACUUUAAACUACGAAGAUGAUGGAUUGUUGCAUAUUAAUUUUCAAGUGCAUAUAUAAUAUACAUACCAUGUAAGUAUAUAUAAGUUAUUAUCAUAACUAUUUACUAUUUAUACUAAUCUAUAUACUCAAUUUAGGUGCGUGUAUUAACAUAACAUAAAGUAUGUAUGUAAAUGUAUUUAUUAUGUGGUAUGUAUUUAUAUGUAGUUUUACUGUACAUUUGUUUGUUAAUAACAAUGUUAUAUAUCAAAGAAAAUAUUAAUAUUAACAUUCGGAUGAGAAAAAAGUAUGGAAGGAACUUUUCUGAAACUUGACACAUAGAUACAUAUAUACUUAUAACAUGUAAAACACAAACGCAUACAUAUUUCGUAUAAACCAAAUAAAAAAUAUAUCAAACAAUAUUUCGUAAACAUGCAAAGAAAGCAGCAA